GAUUGAUGCCUGAAAUAAACAAACGCAUGCGUACUGACUACACCUCUAUGUUAACUUUAAUCUAUAUAAAUCCGAGACUCGUUUUGUGACAUCUAUCUGUAUAAACAGUAUUUAUAUUGUGAUUGGAAAGACGAAGGAAGAAAUGUUUGUUCCUCUUUUGGUGGCUGUAUAUAUUGUCCAUGCACCAAGGAUACAGGCAGUAGCACCUGCUACCACUGCGCCAUGUGACCCAGCUGCCUGUCCGAUACCCAGAUGUCUUGGCUACUACACGCCCCCUGGAGUGUGCUGUCCGAUAUGUCCGUUUGAAAAACCUGGAUUCUGUCCACCGAAAUGGGCCCAGUCUGAGGAUCACUGCCAUGACAGAAUAUGCUCACGCGAAGGAGACUGUCCUGGAAUUGAAAAGUGUUGUUCUUCGCGAUAUCGGUGCAAGUUCUGCAUGAAACCUUUGGGAGUACGGCCCUUUUGUCUAUAUAAUGGAGUCGAGUACCAAGAGGGGGAGCAGAUGCCCAGCCGCGUGCGCUGCGAGAGAUGCCACUGUAGAAACUCGAAAAUGGAGUGUACGCCACUCCGCUGUUAAAACGAUGAUGUUUUACCUGUACAAAUCUAUAUCGCAAGCAUCAUUAUAUUACAUAGUCUAGCUAAUAAAUAAACAAAACAAAACU